AUGAACAGGGAAAUCGCCAAAGCUAGAGAGAGAGUUAGGGUUUAUUAUUUGCAGACUACUGUUGCGGAGCUUAUAGAUGCGGAUGGUAAUUGGAGGUGGCCUCAAGCAUGGUAUGAUUUAUUUCCGGUGCUCAUAAAUGUAAUGGUUCCGCCUCUUGUUCCUGGUUCGGAUGACAGGCUUGGAUGGAAAAACGUGGAAGGAAAAAUUGUGCAUUUUAACUCUUGGGAAGCUUGGAAUAACCUUCGGGUUAGGGAUAACAAGGUGGCUUGGGUGAAUAUGGUUUGGUAUGGCCAAUGCAUUCCAAGACACUCGUUUCAUUUUUGGUUGGUUUUAAAAAAUAAGUUGAAGACUCAGGAUAGGUUGGCGGUAUGGGAAGCGGGGAGUGAGACAAAUUUACGUCUUAUGUGUUGUCCCCUUUGUAACUAUGGACGAGACUCUAGAGAUCACUUAUUCUUUCAAUGCUCUUAUGCGGCUAAGAUAUGGAACAUUGUCAAGAAAAGGAUCGAUAUGGGGAAUGUAAACGACAAUUGGAGCUCAAUAAUGGCGUGGAUAGAGCAGAAUGCUGCUUCUAAGAAGCUGGAACACAUUGUUUGUAAGCUUGUUGUUGCGGCUUCUACAUACUUCAUAUGGCAAGAAAGGAAUAACCGGCUGUUUUCAAACAUUCAAAGGAAGGAAGAGACGGUGGCACAAGUUAUUCUCGAUAUGGUGCGGCUUCGUAUAAUGGGCUUCAAGAUCGAACGAGACGUUAACCAUAGGAAGCUUUUGGAAACAUGGAGAAUAAUGGAAGACGACCCGGGCUGA